AUGUCCCCCCCGCUCUGGAUCGCAGCCUGGGCGCUCCUGCUCCACGGCUGUGCUGCAGGGCGGGCGCCACGGGCUCCUUCCACCAGGAGCGACAUCCGCGACUGCUCCGCGGAGCCGCCGUACCUGCCACCGACGGCCACCAACACCACGGCGCGCCUGGCCGUGCUGCGGGGCAUCCUGCGGACCCACGGCGCCCACGCCUACAUCGUGCCCUCCACGGAUGCCCACAUGAGCGAGUACAUCUCCGAGCGGGACGCCCGCCUGGGCUGGCUCACCGGUUUCACCGGCUCCGCAGGCACCGCUGUGGUGACGCGGGACAAGGCUGCCCUGUGGACCGACAGCCGCUACUGGACCCAGGCAGAGCGGGAGCUGGACUGCAACUGGGAGCUGCAGAGGACAACCUCCAUCGAGUCCAUCGCGACGUGGAUCCUGAAGGAGGUUCCCGCGGAGGGGAACGUCAGUUUGGACCCCUUCCUCUUCUCCAUCGACACCUGGAACAGCUACAGCCGGGCUCUGCACGGCUCCGGCCGGACCCUGCUCCCCCUCGAGACCAACCUUGUUGAUCAGGCGUGGGGUGACCAGAGACCCCCUCCCUCCUCCAGCGAGAUCUACAGCCUCCCAGCAGAGUUCACAGGGAGCAGAUGGCAGGACAAGGUGGCCGGGAUCCGGCAGCGCAUGGAGCAGCACGCGCGGCGCCCCACGGCCGUGCUGCUGUCGGGGCUGGAGGAGACGGCCUGGCUCUUCAACCUCCGCGGAGAUGACAUCCCCUACAACCCUGUCUUCUACUCCUACACCCUCCUGACAAACACGACCAUAAGCCUGUUCGCGGGGCAGGCCCGGCUCUCGCAGGAGGCGCGGCAGUCCCUGCGCUCGGGCUGCCCGGGGCCGCUGUGCGUGGAGCUGCACGACUACGGGCAGGUGAGCGCCCACCUGCGCCGCUACGCCCAGGGCAACGUCACCGUGUGGCUGGGCACCGAGUACACCACCUAUGGCCUCUACGCCACCGUCCCCCAGGAGAAGCUGCUGGAGGAGAGCUACUCGCCCGUGAUGACGGCCAAAGCUGUGAAAAACGCCCACGAGCAGGAGAUGCUGCGAGCCGCCCACGUCCGGGACGCCGUGGCCGUCAUCCAGUACCUGCUGUGGCUGGAGAGGACAGUCCCGCAGGGGCGGGUGGACGAGUUCUCGGGGGCUCAGCGCAUCGAUGCUUUUCGCUGGGCGCAGGAGCACAGCCGUGGGCCCAGCUUCGAGUCCAUCUCAGCCAGCGGGCUCAACGCAGCGCUGGCUCACUACAGCCCCUCGAACGGGAGCAGCCGGACACUGUCUGCGAGAGAGAUGUAUCUCUUUGACACCGGAGGGCAGUAUCUGGAUGGGACAACAGACAUCACUCGCACAGUGCACUGGGGCGAGCCCACCCCUCUCCAGAAGGAAGCUUACACCCGUGUGCUCAUGGGCAACAUUGACCUCUCCCGCCUCGUCUUCCCAUCCAACACAGCAGGGAGAACGGUGGAGUCCUUCGCCCGCCGGGCACUCUGGGAUGUCGGACUCAACUAUGGCCAUGGCACCGGCCAUGGCAUUGGCAACUUCCUCUCAGUCCACGAGUGGCCCGUGGGUUUCCAGUCCAACAACGUGCCACUGGAGGCCGGCAUGUUCACCUCCAUCGAGCCCGGGUAUUACCAGGAUGGCGACUUCGGGAUCCGCAUCGAGGACGUCGCCCUCGUGGUGGAGGCACAGACUGAGCACCAGAGCGGGGAGAAGCCUUUUCUGACCUUCGAGGUGGUGUCCCUGGUGCCCUAUGACCGCAACCUCAUCGACCUCAGCCUCCUGUCCCCAGAGCAGAUCCGGUACCUGAACUCCUACUACGAGAGGAUCCGGGCACACGUGGGGCCGGAGCUGCGGCGGCAGCGGCUGGAGGACGAGUACGUGUGGCUGCAGGAGAGCACCGAGCCCUUCCCGGUGAGCAGCGCCGGCAGCGCCGCCGCGGGCUCGCUGGCCCUCGCCGCGCUGCUCUCGGUGCUGCUCAGCGGGCUGGGGGCCUGA